GUCAGCUGGGCCCCAGCCACCUGGCUCUAAGGUCUGUUAGUCCCAGCCGCCGUCGGAGGUGUCCCCUGGCUUUGCCUCGCCGCCGCCGGGUCCCCGCACCCCGCCCCCAGCCUCGGCCGGUGCGCCGCCACUCUCACUGCUCUCCUCGCCUUAACCAUUCCCGGGUUUCUGCCGUCGGGGCGCCGGGGCCGGGCGAGUGAUGCCGUCGGAGAGUGGAGUUGAGAGCCUGGAGCGGCCAGCUGCGCAGGUGGGGAUGGAUGCGGCCUCGGCCGUGGCCACGGCUGGGGCGGCCGGCGGCGGCCCGGACCCGGAGGCCCCCUCGGCCUCUCCGGGACGGCACCAGAGCCGACUGACCUGGCCACAGGUGAAGCGGCUGGACGCGCUGCUGAGCGAGCCGAUCCCCAUUCACGGGCGCGGCAACUUCCCCACGCUGAGCGUGCAGCCCCGGCAGAUCGUGCAGGUGGUCCGCAGCAGUCUGGAAGAACAGGGAUUGCAUGUGCACAGCGUCCGACUGCACGGCUCCGCCGCCAGCCACGUGCUGCACCCCGAGAGUGGCCUAGGCUACAAGGACCUGGACCUGGUGUUCCAGAUGGACCUGCAGAGUGAGGCAUCCUUCCAGCUAACCAAGGCGGUGGUCCUGGCUUGCCUGCUGGACUUCUUGCCAGAGGGAGUGAGCCGGGCCAAGAUCACGCCACUGACACUCAAGGAGGCCUAUGUGCAGAAGCUGGUGAAAGUGUGCACAGACCUGGACCGCUGGAGCCUCAUCUCGCUGUCCAACAAGAGCGGCAAGAACGUGGAACUCAAGUUCGUGGACUCCGUGAGGCGCCAGUUUGAAUUCAGCGUCGACUCCUUCCAGAUCAUCCUGGACUCCCUGCUGCUCUUCGGCCAGUGCUCCCCCACACCAAUGUCAGAGGACUUCCACCCCACCGUGACAGGCGAGAGCCUCUACGGGGACUUUGCCGAGGCCUUGGAGCACCUGCAGCACCGCGUCAUUGCCACACGCAGCCCCGAGGAGAUCCGUGGCGGCGGCCUCCUCAAGUACUGCCACCUCCUGGUGCGGGGCUUCCGGCCAAGGCCCAGCACCGACGUCCGCGCCCUGCAGCGAUACAUGUGCUCCCGCUUCUUCAUCGACUUUCCGGACCUGGUGGAGCAGAGGCGCAUUCUGGAGCGCUACCUGGAGGCCCACUUUGGCGGAGCCGACGCCGCCCGCCGGUAUGCCUGCCUCGGGACGCUGCACCAGGUGGUCAAUGAGAGCACCGUGUGCCUCAUGAGCCACGAGCGCCGCCAGACCCUGGACCUCAUCGCCAUGCUAGCCCUCCAGGCGCUGGCUGAGCAGGGCCCCGCUGCCACCGCCGCCUUGGCCUGGCGGCGUCCAGGCUCUGAUGGGGUGGUGCCAGCCACUGUUAAUUACUACGUGACCCCCAUGCAGCCUCUGCUGCCCCGGGCUCACUCCUAUCCCACCUGGCUGCCUUGCAACUGACUCUGAUCCUGGCCAGAAAGGAAGGAGCUUCAUGGGGGGGUGGGGCGGGGUCAUCAGGUUUGUGUGGGGGAUGCAAUGGGACACAGGCUGCCUGUGCCAGCUGGCCCCAGUGCUACAGGGUUGGACCUGUGAACAGCCCAGACCUUUCCCGCAUGGGGCGCCUAUGGACUUAGAGCCAAGUCAGGUUCUUGACAGGAGGGCCGUCUGGUCCUUGCACCCCACUCUUGGACCUGCGUGGCGUGGGUCACUGAGGCUACUUGCCUGGAAAGAACAAAGUCAGCUUGGGUGGCAGGUCUCAGUAGCAACACCGUGGGUGGAUUUCCGUGGCCAGGAUGGGGUCAGCCCACAGGGACCCAGAAGCUCCUACACUGGCUAAAAGAUGACAUCAUGUAACAGGAACACUCACUUGGGGUCUAGCUGAAUGACUCAGAGCCUCGUGGCCCAACCUCGCUGACCAUCAGGAAGCUCCCUGGGUGUUUGGAGGGAUGGAAAUGUAGUCUCCUGAAACUUGUAUGGACUUCUUGAGGUGCUGAGCUUUAUAGUGGACAGGUUCUAAACAGCCACGAUAGGAUGCAACCCAUACACCUCCCAUACGCCCUUUCCCUCCCCUCUGCCUCCCAGGAACCCCGCCGCCGUCUGCACACUUACACAUCGGAGGCGGUUGGGUUCAAGGUAGCCCCGGUCGACUCCCCCACCCACUUGCUCGGUUAUAGGGUUUUCACAUAGGGAGGGAGGCAUACCCCGGCUCUUUGCCCAUUUCUCUAGAUUUGCUGUGUUGCACACUUCCCGCCAAUAAAAACUGUGGACACUGAG